GUGGGCCCUCCUGGGGAUCAAUUGCAGCAUUUUAACAGCCUCCACUGGCAACACAGGUGUCCCCUAUCCUGCAGUGCCAUCUCUGUGGGACUUCAGAUCCACAGGUAGAGAAACCCUUAGACAGAGGAGAUAGAAGGAGAUUCCAAACCAGGCCCUCGGAGCAAGGAAGAGCCUUCUAAUGGAUCGUUGCCAGGUAGCAGGCAACAGCUCCCCAGAGUUUAUGACUACUGUGCCUGCAGCAUCAUGGCCACGUACCUGUUCCUCCUGGGCCUUUUCCUGCUGCUGCCAUGCCCUGUCCCUGCUCCCUGCUACACUGCCACUCGGUCAGAAUGCAAGCAGAAGCGCAAGUUCGUGCCAAGUGCAUGGUUAGCUGGGGAAGGCAUGGAUGUGACCACCCUCCGCCGCUCUGGCUCCUUCCCAGUGAACACAUGGAAGUUCCUGAGGCCAGACCGCACCUGCACCCUCUGUAAAAACUCCCUAAUGAGAGAAGCUAUACAGCGCCUACCCGUGGCAAUCGCCCACUGGAGGCCUGACAGCUCAUACUGCAGGCGUAACAUUGCCACAGUCAAGGUCAGCUCCACGGAGGGCGUGGCCCGGGAGGCAGCUGCUAAUAUCAAGAACGACUGGCAUGUGGGUCUGGAAGUUAACCCAAAGCCGGAAGCAAGCGUGCACGUGUCCAUGGCCGGCUCCCACUCCCAGGUAGCCAAUUUUGCAGCCGAGAAGACCCAUCAGGACCAGUACAACUUUAAUACUGACACAGUGGAGUGUCGCAUGUACAGCGUUCGCCUGGCACAAAAACCUCCACUGCACUCUGACUUCAGAAGGGCACUCAGAGCCCUUCCCCCCACCUUUAACAGCUCCACAGAGCAUGCAUAUCGCAGGAUCAUCUCCGCCUACGGCACCCACUUUAUUUCGGCUAUGGACCUAGGUGGCCGCAUCUCAGCCCUCACGGCCCUGCGUACCUGUCAGCUGACCCUAAACGGGCUCACAGCUGAUGAGGUAGCAGACUGCCUGAACGUGGAGGCCCAGGUCAGCAUCGGUGGCCAAGCCAGCGCCUCAAGCGAAUACAAGGCCUGUGAGGAGAAGAAGAAACAGCACAAAAUCACCACCUCUUUCCACCAGACCUACCGCGAACGUCACGUCGAAGUGCUCGGUGGCCCCCUUGACUCCAAGCAUGAUCUGCUCUUUGGGAACCAAGCUACACCAGAGCAGUUCUCAACCUGGGUAGCCUCACUGCCCAGAAGCCCUGGACUGGUGGACUACAGCCUGGAGCCCCUGCACACAUUACUGGAAGACCUGGACCCGAAGCGGGAGGCGCUGAGACAGGCAAUCAGCCAUUAUGUGAUGAGCAGGGCCCGCUGGCGGAACUGUAGCCGGCCCUGUGGGCCAGGCCAGCAUAAGAGUAGUCGUGAUUCAUGCCAGUGUGUGUGCCAGGAUUCGAAGGUCCUCAACCAGGACUGCUGUCCACGCCAGAGGGGCUUGGCCCACCUGAAUGUAAGCAAUUUUGAGGCAAAGGGUCUGUGGGGAGACUACAUCACUGCUACUGAUGCCUACCUAAAGAUCUUCUUUGGUGGCCAGGAGUACAGGACGGAAGUCGUGUGGAACAAUAACAAUCCUAGGUGGCCUAAAGUGAGGGACUUUGGGAAUGUGCUCCUGUCUACGGGGGGACCCCUCAGGGUGCAGGUCUGGGAUGCUGACAAUGGCUGGGAUGAUGACCUUCUUGGUUCAUGUGACCAGAAACCCCGGUCUGGUUCCCAUAAUGUGACCUGUCACCUGAACCACGGCAGACUAGAAUUCCACUACCAGGUCCAGUGUUUGCCCCAUCUCAUUGGAGAGACCUGCCUGGAGUAUGCCCCCUACGGGCUUCUGGGAGAUCCUCCAGGAAACCGCAGUGGGGCCGUGUGGUAAAAAUAAUAAUAACAUGCAUGAGAGCUGGGCGUAGUAGCACACGCCUUUAAUCCCAGCAUUGGGGAGGCAGAGACAGGUGGAUCUCUAUGAGUUCGAGCCCAGCCUGGUCUACAUAGUGAGACCCUGUCUCAAGAAAGCAAGCAACAAAACUGGGAUGCUCAACUGACUUCUCCCGGGGAUCCACAGUGGCUCUAAUAUGCAGUAAAGUGACCGGAGCCUGUCACUAGAGUGGCUGAGUUUGUACCAUAGAGCUCUGCUGACUCUCCCUUCCACACUGCCUCAGCCCCCAGUGUCCCCAAGCUUGGCAACUACUGCUGCUCAGUGUAAACCUUGGCCAGAAGCCCAGCCCAAGGCCAGAUGCUGUCUCCACCCAGCUUCAAAUCCCUCCCUCCUUGGCAUAGCAUGAUCAUCUGUCAGACAAUUCCUGUGUCGCCAUUCCUAUGUGCCUUUUGUCCCUCGUUCUGCUCCUGAUGAAUAAAGGUCUGUGUCAGCAAGCACAUGACGUGACAGCGGACUAUAAAUAUGAUGUGACAGUAAGUAUGCUGGUGGCCUGGUGGCAGAGAAGAGGGGACAAACGAUGCCCUGAGAUAGGCGUCUGUGUUCAACAACCAGUUUUAUAAAAUGGACAGUCAGAUACUGGAAGUGAACUGCUUUCUCUAAUUCUGCUGGUUAUGCGCGACCCCCACCCCUCAUCCUCUGAGUCAAGAAACAGUAGCAUAAAUGUGGCAAUAAAUCAUGAUAGGCA